AUUAUUAAAUAAAUAAACAAGAGGCAGUAGUGUUGGUAGUGGGAGUCUACAGUACAGCCCGUCUGUACGUGUGGUGAUCGUGAUCAGUUGGGACGACCUUCCAAGAGUGUACAUGAAUAGUACGGCAUAUUUACUGCUCCACGUACAGUGUUACAGCUACGUAGGUCGAGGUGAUCCUGAGUAACUCCUAUAUUCGUCACUGCCAAUCAAAAGAAAUUCACUGGACUACUGAAGUGUGACUCGUCUUGCAGUGCUACGUAUUACAAAUGAUCAAAAAGAGAGACUGUUGCACAGAAACUGAAUCAACAUUGAAUAAGUUUCACAGACAACAGUGUUCUGAAAAUUGAUUAUUGUAUUGAAAAUUUUGGUCAUUGACAGCUAAUCAGUUUAUAAUGGUGGGUGAAAGAAAGAGAGUUAGGGGUAGAGGUGGCAAAAAUCAAAAUAAAAGCAAAACUCAUGACCAACAAGUUAGACAGCCUAAGAAAAAACUGGUGAAUGAUAAACAGUCUGGUGCAAGUAGUUAUGAAACUCCAGAAAAAGAUAAACCUCAUCAAGGUGAAGAUACUUUUAGCCAAGCCACAAGUCCUCAGAAAGGCAACAAUCAACACCAGUAUGAUGUAUUUAAUACUGAAUGUGUGAGAGGUUCUCCUAGUCCAGAUACCUUACCACAACUUAAACAGCAUCUAAAACAAUUGGAUAGACAACAACAGGGCAAAAAAAAACACAGCCAUAGUAAAAGCUCCAGUCUUGAAGAAAAUUCUGCAAGUAAAGUUCCCUCAUCAGAAGUUACUUUUACUGAGCAACAGCCUUGUCAGGAUGAUAAAGGUCAUGAACAACAGGCAUCUGCAAAUAAAGGCCCUUGUGUGUCUAAUAAGCGUGAACUUGAACACCAAUCACCAAGUCUACAAGAUGGUACACCUAAUAAGUGCCUUUGUGUGGAACCUGUCUACAAGACUCGAGGAAAUAUCCAAAAUGAAAUUGAAUGGUUUUAUGCCAAGGAAAAUGAACAGCUAAAUGCCCAGAAAAGUGAACAGCUUAAUGCCCAGAAAAGUGAACAGCAUAAUGCCCAGAAAAGUGAACAGCUUAAUGCUGAAGAAAAUGAACAUCUUGGUGCUAAGGAUAAAGAGCAGCUUAAUGCUGAGGAAAAUGAAAAUCUUGGUGCUCAGGAAAAAGAGCAGCUUAAUGCUGAGGAAAAUGAACAGCUUAAUGCCCAGGAAAAUGGACAGCUUUAUGUCAAUGAAAAUGAACAGCUUAAUGUCAAUGACAAUGAACAGCUUAAUGUCAAUGAAAAUGACAAGCUUGAUGCCAAGGAAACUGGACAGCUUAUUGUCCAGGAAAAUGAAGAGCUUAAUGCAAAGGAAACUGGACAGCUUAUUGUUCCGGAAACUGGACAGCUUAUAGUCCGGGAAAAUGAAGAGCUUAAUGUCGAGGAAACUGUACAGCUUAUUGUCCAGGAAAAUGAACAGUUAAAUGCCAAGGAAACUGGACAGCUUAUUGUCCGGGAAACUGGACAACCUAUUGUCCAGGAAAAUGAACAGCUUAUUGUCCAGGAAACUGAACAGCUUAUUGUCCAGGAAAAUGAAGAGUUUAAUGCCCAGAAAAAUGAAGCGAUUAAUGCUGAAGCAAACAAAAAAGUUUAUACCAAGCAGGAUGAACAGUUCACAACGACGACAAUUAAUCAACAGUUUGGUACCAAGAACACGAGGAAUAAUGAUAAAACAACCAAACACACUGAUGCAGAGGCAGAUUAUAAAAGUGACACUAAAGAAAGCAAAUGGGUAGAUCUUGCUGAAAAUGAACUGCUUGAAAAUACAGAGGCUAAUACCGUGGGAAAUGAAGAGCCUGAUGUUACAGAAAAUGAAGAGCCUGAUGUUACAGAAAAUGAAGAGCCUGAUGUUACAGAAAAUGAAGAGCCUGAUGUUACAGAAAAUGAAGAGCCUGAUGUUACAGAAAAUGAAGAGCCUGAUGUUACAGAAAAUGAAGAGCCUGCUGUUAAGGAAAAUGAAGAGCCUGAUGUUAAGGAAAAGGAAGAGCCUGAUGUUAAGGAAAAUGAAAAGCCUGCUGUUAAGGAAAAGGAAGAGCCUGAUGUUAAGGAAAAUGAAGAGCCUGAUGUCAAGGAAAAUGAAGAGCCUGAUGUCAAGGAAAAUGAAGAGCCUGCUGUUAAGGAAAAUGAAGAGCCUGCUGUUAAGGAAAAUGAAGAGCCUGAUGUAAAGGAAAAUGAAGAGCCUGAUGUAAAAGAAAAUGAAGAGCCUGAUGUCAAGGAAAAUGAAGAGCCUGCUGUUAAGGAAAAGGAAGAGCCUGAUGUAAAGGAAAAUGAAGAGCCUGAUGUAAAAGAAAAUGAAGAGCCUGAUGUCAAGGAAAAUGAAGAGCCUGCUGUUAAGGAAAAUGAAGAGCCUGAUGUAAAGGAAAAUGAAGAGCCUGAUGUAAAAGAAAAUGAAGAGCCUGAUGUCAAGGAAAAUGAAGAGCCUGCUGUUAAGGAAAAGGAAGAGCCUGAUGUAAAGGAAAAUGAAGAGCCUGAUGUAAAAGAAAAUGAAGAGCCUGAUGUCAAGGAAAAUGAAGAGCCUGCUGUUAAGGAAAAUGAAGAGCCUGAUGUAAAGGAAAAUGAAAGCCUGAUGUUG